CUAGUUUAUUAUUAAUGUAAUAUCAUGCACUAACGUGUAUAUUAACACAAAUAUAAUCACUAUCUAUAUACAAAAGAAUUAUUCAUUUUAAAAAAAAUACAAAAAUUAAUUUUUUGUGUUGACAGAUUUGUUUACAUAUAAAACAUCGCAUUGUUUAACUGAUUUUCCUUCAUUGAUCAUAAAACUUUAUCCUAUUUAUAUUCAAUAAUUAAAAGAAUUCUUUAAAAAAGAAAAAAAGAAAAAAAAGAAAACCACAAGAAAUCCAAGAUUAUUUAUAUUGUAUGCAUAUACACUUAUAUAUACAGAGUUUAAUUCAUAAAAUAAUGAAACAAAUAAUUAAAAUUAUCACUUUUUUGGUUUUAUGUUCAAUGACUGAAUUUAUGCCUAUUGGUCAAAGUUAUUCAUUGAAACAGUUCGAUCCCGAUAAUGAAGCCCUUAUCAAUGAAUAUUUUUCAUCAGAAAAAGUCGAUGAAGCUGCUGAACAUUGUUUACGUUUAAUUGGUAGUAAAACAAUUAUAUCUCAAAAUAAUCCUAAUUAUAAUAAUCAUUAUAAUAAUGAUGAAAAUGCUUUAAGUUAUACAGCACGUAAAUUAAAAUGGAGACAUUGUAUUUUAAAAGAAUUAGAUCGUAUUAAUCGUGGUUUAUUUUCAUGGAAUAUUGGUUCAUUAUUUAAUUAUAAUAAAAAUAUGAAUACAGUUAAAUAAAUUCAAUAUAUAUUAUAAUAAUUAAACAGAUUGAAAUGUUAAAGAACAAAUUGUUUUAAAAGAGAUUAUAUUACUUCUUCAAUCUCAAAAAACAAACUAAUAAAACAAUUACUAUUCCAUACUACUUACAAUAAUAAAUGAAGAUACUACUUGUAAAAUUGUAAUGAAUUUUAUACCUGAUAAAUUAUAUUCUCUAUAAAUA